UGACUUCUUCUUCCUCUCUUCCUUGAAAUUUCCUUUUGAUGUGAACGACGAUCCCUUGCCCAGCGCACAAGUUUCAUCGCCUUCUCCACUGUACCCACAUACCAAAGUCUCUUCCUUUACCCUUUUUCUCCCCACAUACAGAUUCAAUUUCAGAUUUUUCAGAAUUCAAAAUUCAAAAUUUUCAUCUAAAGUUUGGAGAUUUCUCUGAGAUUAUGGUGAAAUCGGCGGCAGACGGUGGUGGCGGUGAUGGUGAUGGGUCUUCUUCUUCAGUUGCGCCGUUCUUGAGAAAAUGUUACGAGAUGGUUGAUGAUUCUUCUACUGAUUCUAUAAUCUCUUGGAGUACAAGUGCAGAUAACAGCUUCGUAAUCUUGGAUACGACGGUCUUCUCUGUUCAACUCUUGCCUAAAUACUUUAAACACAGCAAUUUCUCUAGCUUUAUUCGUCAGCUCAAUAUCUACGGUUUUAAAAAAGUAGAUGCAGAUUGUUGGGAGUUUGCGAAUGACGGGUUUGUGAAAGGUCAAAAGGAUUUACUGAAGAAUGUUAUCCGGAGGAAGAAUAUUCAAAGUAAUGACCAGAGCAAACAGGAGAGUAAAAGUACAACAGAUGCUCAGGAAAAGCCUGAGAAGAGUGGAUUGUGGAAGGAAGUUGAUAUCUUGAAAGGCGAUAAGAAGGCAUUGGCGCAAGAGUUGAUCAAAGUUAGGCAGUAUCAGGAGAUCACGGAUACGAAGAUGGUACAUUUAAAAGACAGAGUUCAAGGAAUGGAAGAGAGUCAGCAGGAGAUGCUUUCGUUUUUGGUAAUGGUUAUGAAGAAUCCGAGUCUAUUAGUUCAGCUGCUUCAGCCAAAGGAAAAAAACAGUUGGCGAAAAGCUGGGGAAGGAGCGACGAUUGUAGAAGAAGUGACUGAUGAAGGAGAAUCAAACUCAUACGGUCUUCCUUUAGUUACAUACCAGCCACCAGCAGACAACGGAACAUCAAAGUCAAGCUCGAACGACCUAAAUGAUUUCUUGAGAAACGCCGAUAUGUUGAAGUUCUGCCUGGAUGAAAACCAUGUGCCAUUGAUCAUACCUGAUCUAUACGAUGAUGGAGCUUGGGAAAAGCUUUUGUUGCUGAGCCCUUCAAGGAAGAAGACAAAGAAGCAGGAGAACAAUGUCAAGAAAGGAAAGGAUGAUCCAACAUUGGAGGAAGAGGAUGAGGAGGAUGGAACGAUGGAAUCAGACAAGAGCCGUAUGCUCGAGCUGAUAUCAAAAGAGAUGGAGAGAUCAGAUGACUUUGAAUAUGGACAGCUUACUCCAGAGAGGUCUCGGAAUCUUGAUAUUCUGACAGAGCAGAUGAGCGUACUGGCUUCUAAUGAAUAGCUGCACUACUGCGCAUGAACCAGAAGCUGGAUUGAGUUUUUUGAACAUAUCAGCCUCAACCUUUUUGUUAUGUUAACUUUUUUUUCUAUAUAGCGAACAACGAAGUAGGCGUGGUUGAGGAUUCAGACUUUUUUUUGGCAAAUAAUAUAAUCUUUUAUAUGAAA